UUGUCUUCGCGACGUCCGCGAGUGAGCACCGCGCGCCAGCUGACGUCACACCACGCGCCCUCCCCCACAGAGACGAUGACGUGCAGCACGAGGAUCCGCCCCCGCGUGGCGGCGCUGCUGCAGCUGCUGCUGGUGGCCGCCCCUGGAUACGGACCGGCCGCCGAGGCCCAGCUGUACCCCGGCCAGUACCAGUACCAGGACGAGUACCAGGGGCCGGGCUACUACCCGCCGGGCUACCAGGAGCGCGAGCCGCCGUACGAGGUGGUGCCGCCGCCGGCGCCGCCCGCAGCGCCCAACGGCACGGCCGGCGUCGAGGUGGUGUACGCGGGGGUGGAGAACCGGAUGCCGGCGCUGGGCCGGCAGGAGCUGCCGCUGCUGCUGGACGCCAUCGACGUGGAGUCGUCCCAACAGUGCACCCGGCACGUCACCGCACAGUGGCGCUACGAGACAGACGUCAACCCCGCCACGCAGGCCGCCGCGCUGCAGUCGCAGGAGGAGUACGCUCGCUUCCAGAGGGCGCUGUGGCAGAUCGUGCGCCAGGUGCGGCCCGAGCAGGUGCAGGGGAACCCCCGGCUGGCGCGCACGGUGCGCCUCCUGUCCGUGAUGGGGCCGUCCGCCCUGCCCCCGGAGCUCCUCGACAGGUACAACCGAAUUAUCAGGGAGAUGUUGGCAGUGUAUGAAACAGCGACCAUUUGUGCGUACAAAGACGCAUUCCUCUGCAGUCUUCGCCUGGACCCAGAUCUGACCCUGAUCAUGGCACGCAGCAGGGACUGGGAUGAACUGCAGUACGUCUGGAAGGAGUACCACGACAAGACUGGCAUGAAAGUGCGUGACCUGUUCGAGCAGCUGGUGGAUGUCAGCAAUGAAGCGGCCAGGGUCAACAAUUUCACUGACACUGCAGAGUACUGGAUGUUCCCAUACGAGUCUCCCACUUUCAGAACAGACGUAGACUAUGUGUGGUCACAGAUUCAACCGCUGUAUGCCCAGCUGCACGCGUAUGUCCGCAGGAAACUACGUGAUCUAUACGGCCCAGACAAAAUCAAUCGGCGGGCUCCUCUUCCGUCUCACAUUCUUGGGAACAUGUGGGCGCAAUCGUGGUCUAACAUUUUAGAUGUCACCAUUCCAUAUCCUGGGAAAAAUUUCCUCAAUGUGGGUCCAGAACUGCUUGCACAGGGAUACACGCCCCUCACCAUGUUCCGCCUCGCCGACGACUUCUACCGCAGUCUGAACCUGUCGGCCGUGCCGCCGGAGUUCUGGGAGAGGUCCCUACUGGAGCAGCCUCUGGACAGGCCGGUCAUCUGCCAGCCCUCUGCCUGGGACUUCUGCAACAGGAGGGACUACAGGAUCAAGAUGUGCACCCAGGUGACCAUGACAGACCUGGUAACAGCACACCAUGAGAUGGGGCACAUCCAGUACUUCCUGCAGUACCGCAACCAGCCCAAGGUGUUCCGCGAUGCUGCCAACCCAGGGCUGCACGAGGCAGUGGGCGACACGAUAGCUCUGUCAGUGUCGACACCACAGCACUUGCAGACACUCGGCUUGCUGCGCAACUCGGUCGACGACCUGCCACACAACAUCAACUACCUGUUCGCGCAGGCACUCGAUAAGCUCGCCUUCCUGCCGUACGCACUCGUGCUCGACCUGUGGCGCUGGGACAUCUUCGAGGGCCGCACGCCCAAGACGCGCUACAAUUGUGACUAUUGGAGGCUCAGGGAGAACUACAGUGGAGUGAAGCCGCCCGUGCUGAGGUCGGAGAUCGACUUUGACCCCGGGUCCAAGUACCAUGUGGUGGCCAACAUCCCCUACAUAAAGUGA